AUGGUCGAUGCGACGAAUACCGUUACAAUGGGAUGGUAUGGUUUUGGUCUCGUGACCACCAUCACCUUCCUUUUUGUAAUCUUGUUCAUUGAUUUACGACGACGACGACGUGGUGAACUCGCUACAACGGUCAACGGUAAACUAGUGUAUUCUCCUGCUAAACACGCUAGCGGUGUAGGAUUCGUAAACGUUGUAAAGGAUACCUACGAUGGCGGGUAA